UCCAACUUGGACAUUCACAGACCUCCCUCCUGUCUAGGUGGAAGCGACAGUUGUUGGAACAGUUAUAUUGUGAGCAGCUGAAAUGUUACUCAAGCUAAACACAUGACACUAUACUGGCCCCCUCCUUUUUAGGUGGAAGUGACAGUGGUUGGGAUAGUUAUCUAGUGAGCAGCAGAAACAGAAUUCAAGCCAAACACUGGACCUGUACUGACCUCUCCUCUGUUGAGUUGGAAGUGACAGUUGUUGUCUAGGGAGCAGCAAAAAUAGAACUCAAGCCAAACCCUGGACAUGUACUGACCUCCCUCAUGUUGAGUUGGAAGUGAAAGUGGUUGUCUAGUGAUCAGCAGAAAUAAAAUUCAAGCCAUACACUGGACCUGAACUGACCUCCCUCCUGUUUGGGUGGAAGUGACUGUGCCUCGGAUAGUUGUCAAGUCAAGAAUCACAAGCCAAGUCGUGUCAGGCAGUGCAAUCAUUUGAAAGUUCUUUCUGAAGUCAAAAUGCAGUCAUCAGAUUUAAAGAAAUUGUCAGUGAGAGUUUCAAAUACUCUUUCAAGACUAAAGAAGCUCCAGAGGUAUAGGGAGGACAGCAGGAAGGCUAUGCGGAGCUCCUAUGCUGAAUUUGAGCGAAACAAGGUGAAGAAAAUGCGACUUAAUAUACAAUCUUUCUUAGUCCAAUGUGACGACACCUCCAUGAAUGAAACAUUUGAAAACGUGGAAUAUACAGUAGAUGAAAUUCGUCAGAAAGUAAAUUUAUUAUUAACAGAUUUUGAAAAAUGCUCUAUUAAGGAACAGAAAGAAGAGCUGAAACUUAAACAAGCUCCUCUCAUCAGUGUGAUCAAAACCUGCAUCAGACAUCAUGGUGAAUUGUUACCACUCCAUGAAGCCAUGCAGAAAGUGAAGUAUCAACCAGAACUCUCCUUAAUAACCCAUUACAAAUGUCUGGACAAAAUACAACAGUGUGAGAUAUAUAUGAAUGAGAACUUUUCAGACGAGUUGUUCUCUGUGAAAGGGGUGUCUAAGUACAAAGUGAGAAUAUCUAGUGAUUCAAGAACAUGCUCAAUUACUGCGGUAUGUGCUCUCCCAGAUGGGCAAGUCUUGGUUGCAGACUGGUGGAAUUACAAAGUCAAGCUGCUGAACCAGCAGUACCAGGUGGUGAGUCACUGGGGUGUGAAUGCCAGGCCAUGGGACAUGUGUCUCAUCACACCCAGUGAGGCUGCAGUGGCUUUGGGUGAUCAUGGGGUCCAGUUUAUCACUGUCACCCAGAGCAAGCUAGUUCCUGGCAGGAGGCUUCAGUUACGACAAGACUGUUAUGCUAUUGUCCACCACAAGGGAGACUUGUUCAUCUGCUCUUAUACUGCCCUGUACAAGUACUCACUGAGUGGGACACUGGUCUGCAGACUGUAUGAAGAUACAUCAGCUUCUGUUACAGUAUACAAGUGUGCUGUGAGUCCCACAGGGGACAGGCUGUACAUCACAGGCUACCAGGACAAGCUUCUCACCCUGGCCAGGGAUGGCACACUCCUGGCUACAUACACAGACCCAGCACUACGUGACCCACUUGGUCUACAUGUGACCCUGCAGGCCAGGUGCUGGUCUGUGGAGAGCUGUCCUCCAAUGUACUACAGGUGGGCUGGGAGGGAGAGAGUAAGCUGGCUAAUCUUGCUACUCAGGAGGAUGGAGUGUGGAGGCCAUUGUCAGUCUGCUACAGCAGCACCACAUCAUCCAUCAUUGUGGGACAGGAAUGGAACAACAACAUCCUGGUGUUCAGAGUGGAAUAGUGUGUACAUUGGCUGCUGAGUCAGAACAAGGAUGCUGAGGAUGUGGUGGACAAGGAUGACAUGACUACGCAGAAGCAACUGCUAAGCACAGAAGACAACGGAGUAGUGAAAGGCUCAGCCAAAUCAAAGUCCAGCGAUGUGAGGGUGACACAGCCUUUCCAUGUCCUUGUAUUGCAACAUGAAGGACAUUUUAGCUGAAACUAACAAGGGAGAGAACUGUAGAUCUGCACCAGCACAGAGCACCAACAUUGAUAUCGAGUUGGCCCAGCAACCGCACGAGUCUUGCCUGCAGGAGCCCCAGUCCAGAACGACCCUUCCCCUCCCCUGACUUCUAACUCCUCCCCCUUGACCUCCUGACUCAAAAAGUCAGCAUCGUUGAACAACUCCGUUCUGCAGAAAAUUCCGAGCAUGAUUCUGGUCUGAACAAACACAAUGCCCACGUCAAGUUGUCCACACAUAAGCCUGGGUAGUUCUAUUAAGCUAGAGUUCCGCGUGGGCCUGAGAGGGACGAGUUUUACAAACACGAAAAGUUAUAGCUGUAGUUAUGGUAACGCUAACAGUCAUUUGUUGCUGUUGGACAUUACAACAAAUAUCCUGAAAAAUAAAAAGUUCAAUAACUUGUUCCAAUCUUUAUGGGACAAACAGAAAUUGGACAGGAGAAAAUCAAGGAACAAUAAAAGCGUAAGCUUUCCUAGUGGGAUGCUUCUGCUGUUGAUAGUUUGGAUGACAAUAGGGUUACGGACUGCCCCAGAUUGUCCUCUCAGCGGCCAAAAUAUCAUAAUAGAACGGACUUUUGACAAUGUUACCGACAAAGAAAGGCAGUAAUGACUUGGUUGUGAAUACCCAGAGCACGAUACAUCCAUGCUGACACAAAAAGGCAGUAAUGACUUGGUGGUGAAAACCCAGAGCACGCUACAUCCUUGCUGACAAAGAAAUGCAGUAAUGACUUGGUUGUGAAUACCCAGAGCAUGCUACAUCCAUGCUGACACAGAAAGGCAGUAAUGACUAUGCUGUGAACACCCAGAGCAAGAUAUAUCCAUGCUGACACAAAAAGGCAUUAAUGAUUAUGCUGUGAACACCCAGAGCAAGCUACAUCCAUGCUGACACAGAAAGGAAGUAAUGACUAUGAUGUAAACACCCAGAGCACAAUACAUCUAUGCUGACACAGAAAGGCAGUAAUGACUAUGCUGUGAACACCCGGAGCACGCUACAUCCAUGCUGACACAGAAAGGAAGUAAUGACUAUGCUGUGAACACCCAGAGCAAGAUAUAUCCAUGCUGACACAGAAAGGCAGUAAUGAUUAUGCUGUGAACUCCCAGAGCAAGAUAAAUCCAUGCUGACACAGAAAGGCAGUAAUGACUACGCUGUGAACACCCAGAGCACAAUACAUCCAUGCUGACACAGAAAGGCAGUAAUGACUUGGUUGUAAACACCCAGAGCACAAUACAUCAAUGUUGACUCAGAAAGGCAGUAAUGACUUGGUUGUGAACACAGAACACGAUACACCCAUGCUGACACAGAAAGGCAGUAAUUACUUGGCUGUGAACACAGAGCACAAUACAUCCAUGCGGAAACAGAAAGGCAGUCAUGACUAUGCUGUGAACACCCAGAGCACGAUAAAUCCAUGCUGACACAGAAAGACAGUAAAGACUUGGUUGUAAACACCCAGAGCACAAUACAUCCAUGAUGACACAGAAAGGCAGUAAAGACCUUGUUGUAAACACUAAGAGAUCCAUACAUCCAUGGGGUGUGCCACAGCCCGAAUUACGCCCACUAUUGUGAACAAGGUGCUUAAAGUGAACAUGUCUGGUUUUGGUAUGAGGACUUAGCACUCCAAGCCUAAAAGGCCUCGCAUUGAAUUGAUGCAAGAGAAGGCUUUGAAAAAUAACAGCAGUUUUGUUGUGUGGUCCAGUACGCCCUUCGACUCUCAACCUGAAGAAAGCAGAACUCAAACUCGGCUCUUAUCAAUAUCAGCAAGGCCAGCAUGUCAUAUCAGCUUCUUGAGCUUCAUAAAUUCAGCACGAAGACAUCUUGCGUCAGACUACCAAGCCUCCUAUCAAUAUCUCCUCCCAUGUUGGCUUCAUCAACACUUCCAUCAGAGCCUUGGUGAGUUCGACUUCCGUCUCAGCAUCGAUGUCGCUUAGCAACAAUUGGAUGAUGGGCGUCGACAAAUUAGGCCGGACAAGUCGCUCAAACUGAAACGAUCUGAUCCAACAGAGCCUGUUCCUACAGGAACCUAUACAAUCAUAGAUCGGUACCUAGCUGAACAACAGGCUGUAUGGUCAGCUGGUCCCAGACGCCCAGUGACACUUCCUGGCCCAGGACCUUGGGGCAAAUGCUCAACUAUACCUACCGCAGGGUGGAGCCACUCUGAACCUGGGGCUCCAUACUUUCUUGGCCAGGGGCCAAGUUUACCUUGUCAAUAAGGUACAUGUAGGGACACAUUCCUUGGAUGCCCUAAGGUUUCUCUAUCUGUUCACAAAGGCUUUAUACUCACAAGUUCAAGCCCAGUGAGCGGAUGUUCACAUUAUCAAACUCUGCAUAUCAAUAGCAUUUGCACCAGCAACAGUCAUCAUCUCGAGUUACUGGCAUCUCUAUGGUGUGGAACCCUCCGUCUUUGAACAUCAUAACAGCACAUGAACCAGUGGCAGUCAUCAUCUCAAGAUUCUGGUAUAUCCAUGGUGCAGGACCCUCGGUCUGCAAAGAUCAUGCAGAGCGAACCUCAGAUGCCGUUUGACGAAAUCAAACCAUCCAAUCACAAACACAGCCUGUUGCAGCAGUUGUUACCAUAUUGACCCCAGUCAAACCUAAGAAGUCCAUAGAUAAAUACUUUUUUAGAUGUGCUAGUCUUUACGUACCUCCUGGUUUGUUCAGCACUUACUCUGACUCUUUGAAUUUAAUGACGGGUGAAAAUGAAUGACCUUGUUCAGUUCGAAAUGACACAUCACAACAAUUCAAGUGGAAAGCCAGAAAGUCAUGUCAACAGCCACAUUUUGUAUGUGUAACAGCCAAGUUGUUUUCAAAGAAAAACAAUAUUUUACAUUUUAUUUUUUAUUUGACCAAUGUUUCAUGGGAAUUAUGAUGCUGUCAGUCUCUUUAUGUUGAAAGUUUUGGUUAAAAAUAGAAUGUUAAUUUUUUUUUUAAAGCACACAUAUUGCAUUUAUAUCCAAUGUCUUUGUCUGUAUAAUGAAUUUUUCACUACAUAUUUUGAUCCUUAUAAUGGUAAAUGUAUGGAAAAAACAAUUUUAUCAAAGAUAUUCUAAGAUUGUCAAGUCUGUUUAAAUGAUGCUGGUAACUUUGACAAAAUUGAAAAAAAGGAGUAUUUUCAUAUUAUAAGAUAUGUUUCAGUUGUCUGUUUUUACCCGUAAUAUAGAUAAGCUAAUUUAAUGAAUUGUUCACGAAGGUUUAUAACUUUUACGCUUCAGCUUUUUCUGUCUUUUAAUCCUUCCGAAAACAAUACUAGUCAAUUUGCUCAUUCGGGGUCGGUAUUCGAUCAUGAAUCUUGUUUAGUAGCAUACUAUUUCAUUGGAAUAAUAAUGCAUUCUGGGAAAAAUUAUUUAAUCUAACUAAAAUUAUUGAUUCUGUAAAUACCACUUUGUUGAUUUCAAUGGAUAUUGUUUGUAAAAUUAAUAUAGUAUGACUAUUGCGUGUUUGGGAAAGCUUUUAAUGAAACUGAGUAUUAUAAAAAACAAAAAAACAAAUAAAGAGUUUUAUGAAAAUUGUCAAAACUUAUUAUUGUUAAUUUGUGUUGUUAGAUCAUAGAUGUGUAUGCUCACAAUUGUUAAACUUUGUUUUUGGACACAAUAGUUUAUUAUGCGUAUCCUCUUUAAUAAGUGAGUAACUUAAUCAAGAUUUAUUGAUCACUGUAUAUAUUCUGUAGGUAUAUUUUGCCAUUUAUACAUAAAGCAACUGUAGAACAAUUGUAUUUUAAAUGUAAAUUAUUCUUGUAUUGUUGCCAUUUGUAUAAUAUAAACUAACUGUUUACCUUAGUUUGUAAAAACCUUUGUAAAAAAAACAUUUCCUGUGUGAAUGCUCAUAUAUGUAUCAAACUGUUAAAAUAAUGCACAGUACCAGAAAAAAUAGUCAAUUACACAGUAAGGGAAAGUGUUGUCAUAUGCUAACAAUUGUAUAAAAUUGCAAUUGUCUCUAUUUGUAAUAAUAGAGAGCAAUAUUAUUUGCUUAAAAAAUAAAGAUGUCUGCUUUGUAAAUUAAUAAUUGUGUUUACAUCUCAACAUAAAACGUAAAUACAUUAAAGUCUAAAAGGAUUUUUUUGAAUAAACACUUAAAUAAAUAUAUGUGCGUGUAUACGCUGAAUAAAAAAAAUUUACAUUUCAUUUAGUUUUGUAACAGCGCAUUUGACCUUUCACGUUGACCAUCCCACACUUGCUGUCAGUGCAGUGCCUUCAUUAGGGUCAUUUUUAUACUCCUGGUAGGGUGGCAUAUAGCAGUUGAACUGUCCGUCAGUAUGUCAGUCUGUCCUUUUGUCCGAAAAAAACUUAAACAUUGGCCAUAACUUUUUGAAUAUUGAAGAUAGCAACUUGAUAUUUGGCAUGCAUGUGCAUCUCAUGAAGCUGCACAUAUUGAGUGGUGAAAGGUGAUGGUCAAGGUCAUCCUUCAAAGUCAAAUGUCAAAUUUAUGGCGUCUGUCCGUCCGUCCAAAACUUUAACAUUGGCCAUAACUUGUUCAAUAUUGAAGAUAGCAACUUGAUAUUUGGCAGCCAUGUGUAUCUCAUGGAGCUACACCUUUUGAGUGGUAAAAGGUAAAGGUCAUCCUUGAAGGUCAAAGGUCAAAAAAAUAAUCAAAGUGGCGUUCCUAUGAAGCUGCACAUUGUGAGUGGUUCAAGGUCAAGGUCAUCAGUCAAGGUCAUCCUUCAAGGUCAAAGGUCAAAAAAAUAAUCCAAAGCGGCUUUCUCAUGAAGCUGCACAUUGUGAGUGGUGUGAGUUCAAGGUCAAGGCCAACCGUCAAGGUCAUCCUUCAAGGUCAAAAGUAAAAAAAAAAUUCAAAGCGGCGUCCUCAUGAAGCUGCACAUUUUGAGUGGUGGACGUUCAAGGUCAAGGUCAUCCUUCAAUGUCAAAGGUAAACAAAAAAUCAAAGCGGCGCAAUAGGGGGCAUACUGUGUUUCUGACGAACACAUCUCUUGUUUGUAAAUAUCCCACUGUUUAAGUUCAGCAAAUGUUUUAAGACCAGAUUUCCUUAAACUUGGGGGGUGUUAUUAUUUUACUUUUAUUGAAUGCAUGAAACAUAUGUGUUCCGUUGUUGAAUAGCUAAACAUAGCUUGAUGUGUGUAGAUUGUGUGACAAAUGUUGAUCAAAUUGUUACAUAGAAAAAAACACAAUCUUAGUUAACUUGUAUGUGUUAAUUACCAAACACAAAUAUAAGUAUUUUGUAACAAUAUAAGUAUUGUCUUUAUUUGAAAUACAGAAUGAAAUGCAAUUUUAAAAUCAUGUCUUUAUAUGUUCAUCUUCUCCAAAUAAGCAUUUUGAAAAAGCAAAUAUAAUAUCUCUAUGGAAAGUAUCCGUAGGCCCCAUGCAAUCGCUUGUGUACCUCAUAUUGAUCAGGGUCUUUCUAAAUUAUUUCAUGAUUGUUUAUCCCUGUCUGAAUUGUGUAAAUAGCUUCAACAUCGUGAGAUAUCUGUUAAGAGGAUUUCAAUAUUAAACGUUAAAAUAGUAUCUUAACUGUAACCGUACAUCUGUUGCAUUUAGUCUAACAUGUUUAUAUGUUGUGGCUCACUGAGUUUUAUAUUGUCUAUAAUCUUGCGUACUUUAACUGUGUUUUUUAAGAUAAGCAUCAUUAUACUGAUUAUGUUGUUUUUGUCCAACAUUUCUUUAUAUACAAGUUGUAUGUAAAUGAUUAAAUAUGUUUAUGUUGAUGACAUGUAUUUCCCAAUAUAAGUUUGAUGUUGAACUCUCAAUAAACGACAUGUUAUGCCAAUUAAAUCCCGAA